UUUUGUGGGGCGAGGCUAGGGGUCCUGAAGAGCCUGGAGUAACCGGGGAGAAGGAUCUGGACCAUGGUCCGCCGAUUCCUGGGAGCUGCGCAAGCUGCCCUCGAGUGGUGUGAAUAAAGAGGACACUGAAAGGGCCGCGGGUUCUCCGGCCUUAUUUCUUCAGUGAUGCUCCCUUCAUCCUGGCAGGUGGCAGGGCAGAGUGUGUCCCAGAUGCCUGUGGCUGAGGGCAAGAGUGUGCAGCAGACAGUGGAGCUUCUCACCCGAAAAUUGGAGACGCUUGGGGCAGAGAAGCAAGGAACAUUUUGUGUGGACUGUGAGACUUACCACACUGCUGCCUCUACCCUUGGCAGCCAAGGUCAGGCUGGGAAGCUGAUGUAUGUGAUGCACAACUCGGAGUAUCCACUGAGCUGUUUUGCCCUCUUUGAGAAUGGCCCUUGCCUUAUUGCUGACACCAACUUUGAUGUGCUCAUGGUGAAGCUCAAGGGUUUUUUCCAGAGUGCCAAGGCCAGCAAGAUUGAGACCCGGGGUACCCGUUACCAGUACUGUGACUUCCUGGUGAAGGUGGGCACGGUCACAAUGGGGCCCAGUGCCCGGGGCAUCUCUGUGGAGGUGGAAUAUGGCCCCUGUGUGGUGGCUAGUGACUGCUGGAACCUGCUCCUCGAGUUCCUCCAGAGCUUUCUAGGCAGCCACACGCCAGGGGCUCCUGCAGUGUUUGGAAACAGACAUGAUGUGGUCUAUGGCCCCGCAGAUACCAUGGUCCAGUACAUGGAACUCUUCAACAAGAUCCGCAAGCAGCAGCAGGUGCCGGUGGCAGGAAUUCGUUAGUGACUGGCUAUUGCUGGCUGAGUUGUCACCAUGUGUACUGCACAGCAGGAGCAAGGGCUGUAUUCUCAAGGAUCUGGACGCUAGAAACCCAGGGCAGACAUGGAAGCUUCUCUCCCUCUGAUUCCCAGCUGUGGUUUUUGCCUGGGGCUCUGGACUCCCCUCCCUUGACCCCCAUAUGCAGCCCUCAACAGCUGUCUUACCCAACGCCUUGCUGGAUUUGUUCUGUCCUCAAGAAUGGUAAUUAUGAAGAAUGGAGAAGUUUGGACCUUUCCUGCUAUAGGGGAAAAGGUAGGACAGGGUGUCCCUGCCUAGUGUUGGAGGGAAAAACAAUGUGUACCUUCAGCUGUUGAGGAUUUGACCUGGGCCCAAGUGGCUAUGUUAUGCUUCAUGUUGGGCUGUGCUGUCCUGAAACCCCCUCCCCUCUACUCUAGUAGAGGGACAGCACAGCUGGUAGGAUGGCUCUCAUUUUUGACCUGUUCAUGGAAGUGACUUGUGACAUGGCUUUCCUAGGGCAUUGCCUGGGUUCUUUGAACUCUCCUCUUACAUCUUUCCCUUCCAUUGUGGAUUACAUGAUGCAACAGAAUUCACUACUGUGCAGAACCAGAAGGAUGGGUUCUUACGAGAUAGAAGUCUGUUUUUGUAUUAUCUAAUAGUUUCAGAGAUAAUCAGGUGGUUGGGCAGAUCUAACUCUACAAAGUCACCAGGAACUCUUGUUUCCUUAUGUCUUAUUUUUCAGCCACCCCCAGAAUAUUAUCUUUAAGCAAACUCACUGGCCCCAUUGUCCACUGGAAGGACGGGGAAGGAUGAAGAGAAAAGCAGUUUCUUUUUUAAAGGUUAUGGUCUGGAAUUGCUCAGAUCACUGUGGCUACACUUUGCUAAAAGGGCUGCUAGGAUAUAGAGCCUUUUAUCUGGGCAGUCAUGGCCCAGUUACAGCUCAGAGGGUUCUGUGACUAAAAGGUGAAGGGGAUAGGGAUGAUGGGGCCCAUUUAGUGGUUUCUGCUACAUGAAGCUCAAUGAACAUGUCAGGAAUGCUCUUGGCAGCUAUUUCUUGAUUAUUACGCCCUAUAACAAAGGCAUCUGCCUUAUGAGUUGGAUUGAAUAAUGACUGAUCCCAUAGCCUCUCGGGGUUUAUUGGAAGUUAGCUGUGCACCUCUCUAGCACUCAGAGGUUAGUAUUGACCAUGAUAUUUGCAGCAUGCUUCACGGUUCCCUGAAGUCUUUGUCCUUGCCUCAUUUCAGCCCCAAGCUGCUCAUUUGACUUGAACUGCUUGCCUAUCUGACUCCUGGUAGAGAAAUAUUCAGCCAGGCUGGGCAUGCUGACACAUGCCUAGUAUCUCGGCAGCUUGAGAGGCUGAGGCAGGAAGAUUGCAAGUUUGAGGCUAGCCUGGGUGAUUUAGUGAAACUCUGUCUUAAAAAAUAAAAAAGGACUGGGAUAGUAGCUUAGUGAUAAAGUACCUCUGGGUUUGAUUUCUAGUAUCAUAGGAAAAAAAAACAAAAGCUCAACCAGGCUACUUUGUGAUACAUACAUAGAUCUGGUCUUAGGAAAACUGUUAAUAUAUGCAGUAUAGGUUGUUACAAGGAUACUGUCCCUCCCUGAAGGCACUAAAGAAAAACUUUUUCUGUGGUACAUUUCCACAAUAGGAGUCAGGUUACUAGUCCUGUUUCCCUGUAGUUUUGACUGAAAGGAAGCUCAGUUCAGCUUUCUAGCUAUAGGGUUGUCAUUUAUAUUUUUUGUAUUCACUUCCUGUUUUUGUUGUUGUCCCCAUUUAUUUUUUUUUUUUUGCUUUUAAAAUUUUAAGGUAUGUUUUAGGUAUAAUUUACAUGCAAUAAAAUGUAUAGAUUUUAUGUUUUUGGCUUUCUGGUUUAUAUUUGCUUUUGUCUGGAUCUGGGUUACCUUGGGAGCCAUGUUUGCUAUUGAGGAGACUCAUGUGUUGACUGCCUUCUACUUACCUCUCAUCCACUUCCUGUCCCCCCAGGCCCAGCUCUACUGAGAAAGACUUUCCCAGCCAACGUAGAGGGGCCAAAGGCUAAUAAACACCUCAGGUUUUCUCAUUCUCUCUCCUAAUGUUCACUGGAGAGAUGGGAGGGGAAAAUCACUGGCAACUGUAAGGAGAAAGAAGUAAGGAAACAGGUGGAUGUACAUGUGCUGUGAAGCUAGAAAUGUAGCUGCCUCAACUCUCAUAUGAAAUGAGACAAUGUACAGGCAGGAUUUUGAAUGCAUGUGUUCCUGAGAAUACAGAAGUUGAGUGUGAGAAAUGUGGACCCUACACAUGCUGUAUAAAAAGGGGCUUGGUUCCCUGAAGCUAAAAAAUAGAAUAAAAUCCCUUCUUAUACUUACACUGCCUAGUCUUGGCUUUUACAGAUCUAACAUUCUACUAUUGUGUUUUUUCCCCUUGUUGUUGAGCACACACUUGACCAGCUUUAAGUCCUGUGAAUACCAGAUCAAGCUUUAAGAAUUGCCACUGGACACUUGUGUCCAUCUUUGUCUUUUGUAUCAGUGAAAGGAAAUUCACCACUAAAAUAAGCAGGUAAUGCAAUAUAUUUCUUAAAUAUCAUAACAAAUAUGACUCCACAAACAAAGUCAUCAAUACUGAAUUUGUGAGUUGUAGGAAGGGCCCAGAUGUCAAUCUAUAUUUGCAAAUCUGGAUGGGGCUUUUAGAUUAUUUUUGAAUGUACUUGCCAGUGUUCAAUUUUUGAAAGGUUAGGUUGGAUGAAAGUUUGAGACUAUUUUGAUAAAUUUUAUGGAGGAAAACGCAUAAUUAUUCCCACUUUAUAAAUGAAAGUAAAGGGAGAUGCCAUAUUUGGGAGUUCAAAUCUGAUGUCUUCCUUCUACCUCUGCUUUACUUUAACCAUUUCCUGAGUAAGACCCCUAAAAGAACUAGGAAACUUACAGUCUUGUCAACAUGUCACCUUUGUGAGUGAUUCUGCCAGAGCUGCAUGGAAAUCUGCCAUCUUUGACUGUCAGAGCUGAGCAGGGCAGCUUUUCAGCUCAACUUCUUUGUUCUCCCUUACCUUAGUGUGGGGAGGCUGUGGCUCUCCAAGAGGCCAUGCAGAGACAUGAAGGUGGCGUCAGGAUCAAACUUCAGGCUCAGGACUCCUGGCUUCCAGCAUGUGCCAAAGUGUGCCAUCUGUGCCUCUUGGGAUGCUAGGUGAUUUUAGGUGGAAUGUGGGAAAUACUUUAUACUAGGACUUAUGUCUUAUUCUAAUGUAUAUGAAGAGAAAAUUAUAACUACCACUUUAUUUUUUAGGAUUUGGGUAAGUGUUUUUAAAGGGAUCUCUCAUCUGUGGUGGUGCAUGCCUGUAAUCCCAGAUACUUGGGUGGCCAAGGCAGGAAGAUCCCAACUUUGAGGCCAGCUCUGGCAAGUUAGUGAGGCUAUCUGAAAAUAAAUUUUUAAAGUUUUUAAAGAAGUCUGGGGCUAUAGCUUAGUGGUACAGCACUUGCUUAGUAGGCCUGACAUCCUAUGCUCAAUUGCCAACACUACAAAAAACAAAUGAAUAAAUAAAUGAUCUAUUAAGUUAUAGUACAGAUGAUACAUGGCAGUGGCAAAAUCUAGAGGCACAUGCUGGGAAGGAAGCCUCUUAUUUAUUCUAACUCUGUCUAGUUUGUUUCCUCCAUCCAUUGAUGGUUCCUGCUCUGGCUGUUGCUUUCUUGUUCUCUCAUCCUGAUGAUUCUCUACUCCUGUCCCCACACUGCCUCCUGCUGGCUUUCCUCUGAUAUUUGAGUGCCAAGCAAUCACAUCUCCCUUCUCCUCAUGACCAUUUCUUUUCUGCUGACAGAAUUACCUAGAGGCUGACCUCCUCCUUGGCACCAGAUCUACCUUGAUCCAGUGUCCUGAGGCUUCUGGGAAGGCAGUUAGUGAAGUUUUGUUCUUUAAAUCCCGGAGAGCAGGAAAGUAGUUAAAAAGUCCCCUCCAGCAUGUGUUUCAGGUGUCAAAAGUUGAGACUCUUAAAAUACAAGUACAGUAUGUAAUAGGCCAUGGGGCCAGACAUUUCAAGAUCAGUCAUAGUAGAUGUUGAACCAGGCAGGUGGUCGUUUGGUCUCUCUCCCUCUAAGCCCAUACCUCUAACACCCACCAAUGCUUUUUCCUUGCCAAAAGCCCCCUCUCCACAUCUGUGGAGGCUGGGUCUGGGGGCUAUAGUCUCCAGUCACUGUUGCAUGAAUGGCUGAGAUCUGUUGUAUUACAAAUUGAGGCCUCUCCUGAGGGUUUGGUAUCUUUGGCCUGUGUGCCCUCACUUUUGGGGUUGGGCUCUCCCCCAGGUGAGUUUCUGCCAUUGUGUAGAGCACUCCCAAGUUGCUUGUUACAAUGCUCAAAUCUUCCUUACACCAAGCCUCCCAGAAGUCAGGCUACCUGGGGUUGGCCUUGUCUAGGGAAAUCCUUUCCCUGUGUAUUUAAUUUUUUUCUCUUUUAUUCUGAGACAGAACAAAACAUAUUUGUCUUUUCCCUCCCAGGUGGUGGAGAAUAGAUUAUGUUUACUUAGGUCAUUUAUUAGUUCUUGUUGGAAUACGAGAGGACUGUGACACUAAAGCUGGGGUUCUUUUUUGUUUGUGUUGUGGAUCAAACCCAGGGCCUUGUGUAUACUAAGCACAUUUUUUUUUUUUUUUGCCUUCCCUUUUUUUUUUUGCUAAGCACAUUUUUUUAAGACAGGAUCUCACUAUGUUGCCCAGGCUGGCCUUGAUCCCUGAGGCUCAAGCCAUCUUCUGGCCUCAAUCUCUAGCCUAGUCCUCAGUCUAAGACUACUGGCUGGUGCCACUGUACCUGGCUAAACAGGUUCUUAAGGAAACUGCAGGUUUUCAGCUCUGUGGAUGUCAGACAUAGAAUCAUGUGUAUCUUCAGUUUUGGGGAAUUGUCUUCUCAAUGCUGCUGCUGAUGUUUGUGUUUGGUUGGGAUGUUUAAGGUGAGAGAUUAUGGGGUCAUUGCUGGGUAUAAUUUGCCCUUAACACAAACAGUGCUUUUGUAAUAUAGAAUGAAUGUCCAGAGAAAGUAUUUGCUGUAGGUAUAUUUUUUGUAAUUAGAUCAAGCAGUGUUUAGACUGUCUCUGGAAUAUGGACAUUUUUUUGUUGUUCUGGGGAUUGAAACCAGGAGUGCUUUACCACUGAGCUCAUCCCCAGUCUCUUUUUAUUUUAAGACAGGUCUCACUAAGUUGUUGAGUUUUUCACUAAAUUGAUGAGGCUUGCCUCAAAUUUAUGAUCCUCCUUCUUCAGCCUCCUGAGUCACUGGCCUUACAGGUGUGCACCACUGGUUUGGAAAUAUGUUUUUAAUAGUUAUUCAUAGUGAUGAGGUCUUACUUGUUCUAUAUCCUGCAGGAAAACAGGCUGGGCUUAAAAAAAAUGUAGGAUAAAAAUAACUAUAUUUUCAGUGCUCAAGCUUAGUUCUGUCUUUUCAGUGCCAUGUGUAUUAUGAUUAUGUUGUUAACCAGUUGUGUCUUUAAAGAAAGUCUAGCAUUCAUGAUUCUGAUUCCUCAUUAACUCUGAAGCUCCAUUAAAACUUUUUGUCAGGUAUCCCAAAUAGUGCUUUCAGAUUUGAAUUAAAGUAGCUUCUUUCUAUUAUAUCUGCCAUCUAAUUUAUGAUUCUCAAACUUAUCAGUCUCAGGCUUCUUAAUGUUCUUAAAAGGUGUUGUUUAUGUAGGUUAUAUUUAUUGAUGUUUACCUUAUUAAAAACAUAAAAAAUUAAAAUGUUUAUCAUUUAAAGGUAUCAACAAAUCCAUCUCGUUAAUAUAUUUUUAAUGAAACUUUACUAUUUGUCCAAACUUUAAUGAAGAGUUUAUUAUUCUAUAUUUUUGAAAAUCUGUUGUGAAUGUGUGGCAUGCUAGAAGAUAGGUGGAUUCUCUUAUCUGUUUUGGUUGAAGAAUAUGGAGAAAAUGACCUCACACAAAUGUAUAUUUGAGAAAAGGGAGGUAUAAAUUAAUAAUUUUUUUCAGAAAUUCUUUGAUACUACAUCUGCUAAAGCGUAGUUGCAAUGUAAAAUCAAGCUUUUCCUUCUCUAUUAAUAUUCAUUGGUUAAAUUUA